AUGUCUAUGUACUCGGAGUGAGUUUGGGGAUUUUUGCAGAUCAGUUUUUGGCCUAGAAAAGCUUUGAUUUUCAGUGUUUUUUUUUCAGAAGCUUUUUUUCAGAUUUUCAGCUUUUUUUUCAGAAUUUUUUUUUCAGAACAUUUUCGAGUACAAGUUAUGAGAAGCCGGAGAGAAUGGUGCCGUCUUUUAUACCUUGCGAUGAGUUGUUGGGCUGGAAUUUGAGUGUCGUUUCGAAUCCCGUCACCAAGAAGUACGGUAGAAUCACAGCGUUCAAUCGCACUCAAAUUAUUUUGUUCCAGAGAUGAAUACACUUACACGGUAUGCUGCCGCGCUUCCGGUCGUCAUCAAGUUCCAGAAGCUCCCAUUCUAAAAGAGACGACUCCACCACCGGUUUUGGCGCGAUGCGAUGGUCCCUGCAUGGCCGAAUUCCCGUCAAAUCAACUGAUGAUCGUCGGAAAAUGCGAACAUCUUCUGUGCAAAGCCUGCUACGGAAUCGUCAAAAACGACGACGGCUCCUACGGUUGCAGCAACUUUUAUUGUUGGGUCGAACCCAGGGAGACGUUCCAGAAGGCCAAGCAGAAUUAUCGAAAGAUCAUACAGAAGCAGAACUCGAGAGCGCACAAAUUCAAGAAGGAUGGAGAGGAUUUGAGAAGCUCGAGUGAGGCUUGUUUGCCGCAGACGCCUAUUGAAUAUGACAAGUGA